AAGAAGGGAGGGAGAGGGAGCUCCUCUCACUUGGCGUUUAUACUUGACUGGCUUGCUUACUGCAGUUCCAGCACUGUUUGUCUUGGAAGGAGGGAGGCUGCAAAAAAAACUAAGAGAGAUGCAACGAGAUCUGGAGAAGGAGAUCCUUGAUAUGCAAAAAAAGAUGGAAGAAUUUCAGAAAGAGAUAAAGGAAAUGCAGCUUGAGGCACGAAAGAGCCUGCAAGGGACACAAGAGAAACAAGAAGAAAUGCAACCAAAGAUUGAAGAAAAGCAACAAGGAAUGCCUGAAAAACAUGAGAGAGAUGCAGCAACAAAGGAUGCUAUGGAGCUGCCAGCACAGGCAGGGACUGAGCAAAAUGUGGAAAGCCUUCAGCAAGAUCCAAAAGGAGAAAACCAAGAUGUAUAUGGAGAUAUGACCAGAGUUGUUAAAGAAAUGUAUCAAAAUUUGCAAGAAAAGAAAGAAAAUCUGAUGCUGGAACGAGAAACUAUAAAAACAAUAUAUGAAAAAAUGCAAGAGUAUUUGCAAGAGGUGAACAAGAUGCAUCAAAAGAUUUUAAAAUGUUUAGAAGACAUAAAAAAGAGCAAUUAAUAUUAGUCACUGGGUUUUACAGUUGAGAAUCCCUGCUCUAGAGGUACUGACUGAUGUUGAGUUAGAAUCAAGAUCACCAUUUAUUUUGUUAAAUUUCUGUCAUUUCCUUUAAUCUGCUCCAGUGCAUAUUACUAGAAGGCUCAGCUUUCCUGUUUGCAGUCAAACACCAGCUCCACUGUCAUGUCAUUAGCUAAUCUUAUCCUAUUUGAGUAAAUGGUUUCUCUUUGGCCAGUAUAGCUAAGUGAAGAAACAUUCAGUUGUUCUGUUCCUCCCCUCUUCAUGUUCUAAUCUACCUUUCUUCACUGGUUUGUGCAUAUAACAAUCACCUUCUAUUGAUACUCAAAUUUGGAGAAGGUUUGCAACUUGUGCAGAGCCACCUAUCAAAUUCAAAGAUCAAGAUCACAAUGAAAACCUUCUAGAGUUGAAGGGGCUGCUUUUCUCUAUCCACUUAGUCACUAAUACCUCAGGCCUUUCAAGUCUGCUCAUAUUUCGUCAAUCACCUUAGCUGACAUCACAGAAUGUUUAUGUAAUAGAAUUGCUACAUUU